AUUGAAACAUUCACACAAGGGAUAUAUAGUACAUCGUUGAUAAAAAUAUACUGCAAAAACAUAUACCGGUACUAUGCAGAAAUAAACGAUUGAAAAAUAUAAACGAAAACACAUGUUUUCUAUCGGCAAUAAAAGGGAAACGUCUAUAAUCUUACGACGAUAUAAGUAUGGACCUUACGUAUGAGUUACGCGACGAUGAGGACGAUGGUGACGUAUUGACGUCAAGGAAAUACGUGACGGAAUUCGAGGUCGAGCUGACGAACGCUCACAAUAAGACCUACCUCCUUAAUCAGCUAGUGGAAGGGGUCGUGCGGCUGAAUUUGAAAAGACCAUUGGAGAUACGGGGUAUAGUUGUUUGGUUCUGCGGACGGACGGACAUCUACUGGACGGAGAAACGCCGCGGGAGCGCUACGAAGUGCUUCGACACCGUGCAAUUCGACGCGCACGAGGACUACUUCAACAUCCGUAACUACAUUUUGGAGCCAGGCUACGUUAAUGCCGGGGAAACAAGGCUGCCGUUUAAGUUCCAGCUUACCCCGCCCCUUCCGGAGAAUUUCGAGGACAACUUGUGCAGGAUCGAGUACUUUGUGGAAGCCACACUAAAACUCGAUUAUAACCCCGACAACAACUUUAAAACCAGAGAAGACUUUCUUGUGUUUGACCCUUAUGACCUCAACAAGACCGUUUUACCUGAUGUGUCCUUUCCGGUCCACGCCCAGAAGUCACUGGCUCCCAAGCGGUUCUGUUGUUGCGGGUUGUUACCACCCAUGGUGGCGUUCCUAAGGCUCACCCGGUCAGGCUACAGCCCCGGGGAAACGAUACACGCACAGGCAGACGUGGAGAACAACUCGCCUAAGAGAAUCCAGGAUGUCCGGUUUUCUUUAUAUGAGGAGCGUGUGUACAAGACCAAGUACAAGACUCAUGUGGUGAGGGACGACAUUGUGUCGGCGUCGGGAGGCUCCGUCGGUUCCGGCGAGACCAGGCAUUGGCCAAACGUGCCCUUGACCAUACCGAAACAACAGCUGUUCAAUGUUACCAACAGCAACAUAUUCACAAUACGGCAUAGGUUAGAGAUGUUACUGGUUCCACAGGACCUUAAAGUUGUGGUAGAAAUUGUUCUGGGAGCCAUUCCCCUUAGUAACCGAGACAUACAAGCUCCUCCCCACUCUCGUAUGGGGCCAGGAAGACCCACAGGGGAAACCGUGGCGGAUUUCGAAAAGAGGCGGAAAAGCGCUACCGACACUCAGACGACAACCUCACAAGCCUCUUUGAGGCAGCAUGAAAACCAAACCAGGCAACGCCGGAAAGAUCGCAACAGAAGAAUUUAUCCAGACAACAUCAUUGACUCGAGGACCUAUGCAGACCACGUGAAAAAUAUGCGCCAUGAACGUUUGCCGCCAUUUGACCAUAUAGAUGGUUGAUGCAAUGUAGCUACGUUUCUUAAACUGUUAUUUCAUUUAUUUGAAUAAUUUAAGACCGCAUUCACAUCCAUCAAAAACGUGCUCACAAGAAAUAUGUAUAUACACUAAAUGUAAUUACUUUUAACAUUUUUACUUCAACGUUGCACUUCGAUUCUCAAUCAUCUCCCAUGCGACUUGUUUUUCAAACCCGACGCCCUCGCUUCGUAUGCAAAUUACCUAGAAAUUUCAUUAAAUGAAAAUAGUCAGGUUCCUGUUGCUAAAAUGUCUAUAUUCAUGAGGAAACAAUAUUCAACAUCCAUUUUAUUGUCAGGCAAAGCCAUACAGUCGAUGUUUAUUUUAUCACGGUGACAUCUUGUAAAUUCCCCAGUGACAGUAAAUUUGUAUUAUUGUCGCUUUGUUUUUGUCAUGUUGAUGCCCUGAGCAGAAAAUGACAGCCAUAUGAGUCAAUACAAAUUUGAAAUGCAAUCACCUUAACUUAAAUAUUAAUGGGAUGGUAGCUUUUAUCCAUCUCUUAAAA